GGGAGUUGGCAAACAUUUGUCCUCGUAUCAUCUCUUAUGCUUUUUUCCAUUUCCUUUGCUUAUUUGACUGUCUUUAGCUCAACCCACAAGUUUUUCUUGCUUUUGUCCUUCUGAUUUUCUCAACUGUCCCACUGUGGGUGGAGUGACUAGAUGGGGGACAAGCUGCUGCUGGUCUCAUCCCAUCACAGGAGAUAAGACUUGGAGAGCAAAGGAUACAAACUGGACUGCGCACCACUUUCAUUCCAGAACUCCCUAACACCAGCACGCUUCCAUGGCCUGCGCCUGACCCAGACUCUGUAACGGCACACGGCGUUUGCCAUUUUGACCCAGACCAACACGGCCAUCUUGCUGCUCUGCAACACCCAGGACAGCAGGUCCACCAGACAAACAAGCCAUGGAAAACCAUACCACAGACUUAGCCGACUGGUCACUGACAACAGAAUUUGACUACGGUGAUUCAGCACCAUGCAUGGGAACGGAGGAAAAGCACUUUGCAGCAAACCUUUUGCCACCGCUUUAUUCUUUAGUGGUGAUAUUUGGCCUCAUAGGCAACAUGCUUGUUGUCCUUAUCCUGGUAAAAUACAAGAGACUGAAGAGCAUGACUGACAUCUACCUGCUUAAUUUGGCAAUAUCUGAUUUGCUGUUUGUAUUUUCUCUCCCUUUUUGGGCUUAUUACGCUGUUCAUGACUGGAUUUUUGGGGAGGCGCUGUGCAGAAUUCUCUCAGGCGUCUACCUCCUUGGCUUCUACAGCGGCAUCUUUUUCAUAAUCCUGUUGACCCUAGACAGGUACCUGGCCAUAGUGCAUGCAGUGUUUGCCUUAAAAGCUAGGACAGUUACCUAUGGCAUCCUCACUAGUGUUGUCACUUGGGCUGUUGCUAUUUUUGCUUCUGUCCCUGGGAUAGUAUUUCACAAAACUCAAAAGGAAAAUUCACGUUAUACCUGCAGUGCUCAUUAUCCAAGUGAUGCCACGAUAAAUUGGAAGUACUCCUUUACUUUAAACAUGAACAUUCUGGGACUUAUUGUUCCUAUGUUAAUUAUGAUUUUCAGUUACUCACAAAUUCUAAAAACAUUACUGCAAUGUAGGAAUGAGAAAAAGCAGAAGGCAGUGAGACUUAUUUUCGUGAUCAUGGUUUUUUACUUUAUCUUCUGGACACCAUUCCAUAUUUCUUCUUUUUUGCAUACAUUUCAAAGUUCACUUUUUGUCCCAAACUGUGAAAUCAAAGGUGAACUGGAGAAAGCAAUCCAAGUGACAGAAACAAUAUCAAUGAUCCACUGUUGUAUCAAUCCUGUGAUUUAUGCUUUUGUUGGAGAAAAAUUUAGGAAGUAUCUUUACGCCUUUUUCAGAAAGCAUGUUGCAGCCCAUCUCUGCAAAAAAUGUCCAACUCUUUAUCGCGAAAAAUUAGAAAGAGUUAGUUCCACAUUCACACCAUCCACUGCAGAGCAUGACAUCUCUACUGGACUGUAAAAAUACAUCAAAUUAGUUAGUAAUAUUGCAUCACUUGCUUUGCCUUAAGGACUGCCUGAUACUAUUUAAGAUCUUUAUGUUAACUAUUACUGAAAAUUGUAUGACCCUCAAAUCUUUUGGUUAACUGUUCCUUGGGGUUACAGCAUUUUCCAUUCUUAAACUAAUAGAAUCAGUGAGCUCUCCAGGAAGCAUUAACACCAUAGCUGGAUGACGUCAAGAUCUGAAUGGGGCCCAGAAUAGUAUGAUUCUAUCUCUUCACCCAAAUUCUAUUCAAUGAACAAAUGCCAGUGAGAUAUACCUGGGGGGAAUACACUGUUUAAGAGACUAGGGAGUAAUAUGUCAUCUCACAAGAGUCAUUUAUUGUUAUGUAAACAUUGUAAGAGAAACACUGGGAGGAAGCUUUGAGGAUUGAUGUACCUGUUUAGUAUUCAACAUUAAUGGAGCACCUUUUGGAAGUGACUGUAUUCUUUCUGCAACAUGGUCAGGCAUUUGAUGAAGGGAAGCUUUUAGUUUUCUUCAUUUUUCCCCCCUACCCCUAGUUUUCCCUACAUGAAUAAAAGGUAUUUCCAUACAAACAAAUGUGAGGAUGAGUAUGACAUAUAUCAGGAUAGUAUCUCCCCUCUGAUAGGAGAUAAGACUGACCUUUAUCUUACUGGGGCCAUUUAACGCAAGGAUUUUUCUGUUAGCUAAGAAUGUAGUAAUUUUUAAACAUAAUCCUUUGGACUCUAGGCUAUGUUAUAGUAUUUUAAUUUUAGUUCUUUAAUUUUAUACCUGUCAUAUUAUUCAGUUGCUAACAUUUUCCAAAGUGAGCUUUUAAUUGGCAACAUUGUGAUUUUUGUGGGUGGAAUUUUGCAAGUAACUGCACACACCAAGUCUACUGACUGCACAAGACAACGAUGCACUCCCAAACAUGAGCUUGUUUCUAAUAAAUCAUAUCCCUCCAAGGAAAACUGCACUUAACCAUUAAAAGCACAUCACCAAAGAUCUGCAAGGCCAGAAUGAAAAUCACCUUGGUAUUUGCUAUGCAAGAUUCUGUAUGAAAAAAAUAUCAGGACCCACUGAAGGAUUUUGGAGAUCAUGAGCACAGUACUGAGUGGAGGCCUCCCUAGUUUUGGACAGGUGCAUCAUGUGUAGAGGAAGACUUUACAUGGCAGAUGCAGUUAAGUGUGUCAGGCUACGCUCUUGCAUGAGAAAUUCAUGCUCUUCACAUACACAGCAAGUCUGACAUUAGGGAUACACUUCCAGGCAGACAGUAGCCUUGGAACUGCAAAAGCAACCAACUGCAGAAGAGACAUACCUGCUCUGCCUUCCCAGGAGAAGAGUGCCCACAGCUAACUGGUACCCCAACUAGAACUGCAUACUAAUUGAAGACUUUAGACCAUUAGCCUACUGGUGUCCUAUGGCCAUACAUUUAUGCCAUUAAUAGGAGUGAUGUAUUUCCCUGUAAAACAAAGUAGUAUUCUAGGGACAUGAUGUUUGCAAAGAAGAGAGAGGGGCAUAGUGGAGAACUUUUUGCUUCAAACUGUAAGAAAGCACAGGUGAGCAUUCCUUACACAAGUGAACCGUCCUUCUGGUUUUUUUCCCAUAUACUUCAAAGGGGGCCUUUCAUGAGGUCUUGCUCAUGGAAGUGUGGAGGGGCAGGUUCAACCAACCUUCAGGCAACACAAGGACACAAGAGGGCAUUCCGUGCUACUUAACUUUAGGCAUGUGAUACAGAUACCUAAAUUAACAGUGAAUUUCUUCAAGGUCCCUCAGUGGUCAGCAGAGAAAAACAGAUGCCCGAGUCAGAAGCAGACAUAUGAUUUAAAUGGCCUCUGGGGAAGAUUACCUGUCAGACUGUAGAAGGAACAUGGAAAUGCCAGCCUCUUAAUUUAGGUAUUAGAUGCCUUAAUCUAGGUGGUGCAAAUACUCUUUCCCCUCUAGAAAGGGGAUGUGCCUUUUAACAUCAAAGCACUGCUUCUGUAAAUAGUUACUUUUUAUCCUAUCAACUAUUAUAAUCAGGCCACUACCUUGUGAGGUUAAUAGUCACAGACAGACUAAAGAAAAGACCAAAAACCUAUCCUCACAGUAAACUUUCUUGCUUGGAAAUAAUACUUUUAUUUCUUUUGUACUUUUUUACUGCACUAAAGUAGAAGUACCUUUUUAAUAUUAAAGCAUAAAUUAGUUCAGUGUGAUACAAAUCCUGUUGCAUCUGUGAUAUUUUUACUGCUGCGUUUUAUUUUAAAUCUUUGUCUUGUUGGAAUUUUGUUUCUUCCUUUUUCAUGUCGGUGCAGUGAAAUGAAUAAAAUCUGUGUCUGAAAAGCCACAUA